GUGACGUAACUUCCGGCCCGGACGGUACUGGUGUGGGCAGGCUUCAGUGGUAGUGGCAGCGGCGUGCCGAGUUCGAUCCCCGCCCCCGCAACCACACAACUCCCCGGAAAGUCCCCGCGAUUGUGGAGAGACAUGAACUGGCACGGGGAGCACCACCACAUUGUCGUCACGUCACCGAAGAGGAAGCACCACCCAGCCGAUCGCGAGUCGCUGCCGCGGACAUGUCGAGGUUAGAGAGACUGGAACCCGCGACCCUCCAACUGCUCGGGUUUGUACUCGUGUCGGCCCUGCUGUUGUCGGAGGUCCCAACCUCCCGGGCAUGUGUCCCCCCACAGGGCGAAGGAGAAGUCCGGACAAGUCCUGAGUGGCUAGCCUACCAGUCGCCGAUCGUAGUCGACGCCAAAGUCGCGGAGACCCUGCCCCCAAACCCGGAUUCCAACAGAUACAACGCGACUUUUACUAUCAGGAAUUUGAAAAGAAACGUUUUCAAAGGACAGCUCUCCGGUCGGAGUAAAGUCAUCACCGUAGCCCAGUUCGGAGCUGAGAAAUCUUGUGUGGACCUAAAGAAAGGCCAGAGAUACUUCCUGUUCUUGGACCCGUUAGAAGAAGGAUCGGACGUAUACAGAGUCCACUACAACCCGGUCUUGUUCAACAAGAAAGAGCAGAAAAAAAUCAAGAAAGCUGUGUGCAAGGGCUGCGGAAAAGCGCCCAAAAUCAGAGGCCGCUUGAGGCCGGUGAAAAAACCAGAGGGCGAAGAAGUCCAACUGAAGUGUAACGUCCAGGGCAAACCUUUUCCCGCGGUCACGUGGAAGAAGGACGGCCAGCCGUUACAAAGUUUGAAAUUGAAAGGAGUUCAAAUCAAACCCUCAAAACGAGGGUCGAGAGUUAGGAUUAAGAAGUUGUUACCAGAACACGAGGGUACAUACGCGUGUGUAGCAGAAAGUCCUGCAGGAGACCCAGCAUCUACUGAAAAUACAGUAUCUAUUGAACAACCUGACUCAUCAACAACUCCAGAGACCACACCUCCAUCUGAACAAGACACAACAACAAAUCCUGAUAUAACUCAAACUCCAAUUUCUCAAUUUAACACACUUUCACCCCCUUCAGGCCACGGCAUUCCAUGCAAAGGUAAAGACACCGACUACUGCCUGAAUGGAGGCAAGUGCACCCAGCUUCCUGCAUUUGGCGGCGACAAACCUGAGAAGAGAUGCACGUGCAUGAAGGGGUUUAAAGGAGGACGAUGCCAGUUGACCGAUUUUCAAACCCCUCAGGAGCCGGUGGAUGGAGCAGUUGGGCGUGGUGCAGAAGAAAUUCAUCAGAAGAGAGUCCUUGCUAUCACUGGAAUAUGUUUAGCUCUACUUGUUGUUGGGAUCAUGUGUGGUGUGGCGUGGUAUAUGUCUAGGAAGCAACGUAAGAAGUGGUGCCGAAAACACCUGAUGGCAAACGGCCAGGCCCAGGGCGGGGACGCGGACGGAGAGCUUCAUGAGGGGGAGAUCAUGAUCCCAAUGGCAAACCUGGCUGGGGGUUCCCGCACAGAGCCCAAACAGGACCUGUCUGACGAGACGACCUUCAGAAACGGCGACUCCCACGCGCCCCACGACAACCCGAAUGGCGACGUCGGUCGGAGCCAACCAAUGGACGACUUCCGAGGGGGGCGACGCAUGCGACUGAACGGAGUAGCCAAGCCAGCUUUGUCCAAGCCGUCGUGGCAGAGCACGCCGAAUAAGGACAGAUCACCCCGCAAGGAGUUCGCAGCUCUUCCCGCCGAGCCUUCGCCCAUUCCAGAGCCGAGCACGCCUCCGAGACCGUCGCUAGAGCGCCCCCUCCCCAUCCCCGACCUCCAGCAGUUUAGGCAGGCGAGCCGCGAGUCGUCCAAAGAGGAUCUCGUCAACGAGAACACGCCACUGCGCAAAGCAUCGUCCGCCUCGUCGAGCGGAUCCAGCCUGCAGUUGGACACGUCCAGGCCCGACCGUAAGCCCGGCCUUCGGGACCCGGGCGACGUAGAUCUAAGCACGGAAGAAUUCCACCCAUACGACGUCACCGACGCGGGUGACCUCACGCCAGAAUUCACGCCCACAAACACACCCAGAAUACAGAGAGAUCGGGAUUACUCCAACAACAACCCCCCCUACAUCUCCACCUCCCGCCCCAGCGACGAAGAGGACGAAAACGAUAAUUUCAACGCCACUGAUCCCGACUUUCACGCACGACUGAGAAACGUCAUAGAGAACCAGGAAGCCGUUGCGGUAUAAUCUCUCAUCCAUCGUCGUCAGGCAGUUCAAAUUUAGCAACAAACCUCGAUUACAAUGAUUUAUUUUUUUAAAUUGCCAUUUCAACCUUCAAAUUUCUCUCUCUGCCAUUUUUCUUUGUCAUACAGUAUUAUAAGAACUUCACAGUGUAGCUCAUGUGGAAUUCGCAACUCAUCAUAACCUCUGAAGUGUCACUAAACCAUUUGCGUUCAUUUCUAACAUUGGAGAAUGGUUCUCUUAUAUUACCUUCCGAUUCUUUUGUUGUGGUGUAUUUUGAAUAUUUUGAGAGGAUUUGACAAGACCCUUAGUGCCAUACUUUUAAUGCCGGUGCCAAGCCCCAAAAAAGUUUUCAGAGAAAUAUUUUUUUGGCACAGACACCACCACAAUUGAUAUCAAUUUCACCAACAGCUUGAUAAUAAGUCUGUCAUAUUUGGUAUCUUAUCCCCAAAAUGAUGAACCUGUUUGACUACAGAAAAUGUUAUAAUGUGAUGAGUUGCCACAAACAAGAAAGGCUACUAAAAUUCCUAUAGUUGUUUGUUUGAACAUAUCAUUAUUGCCUUUGAUGAAACAAACUUAUCAAAGUGACUCUCAGAACCCUAUUGUUUAUGCCUUUACUGCCAAUGUUCUGUGUCGAAAGUCGUGGACAGAAUCAAACAUAAAACGGAGGCUUUUUAGGACACGUCGACAAACAUGUACGACCGGCGCGCCUGAGAAUGCUACGCUGGCGGGCGACCAACCGGAGCGCUGGUUACACCACACCAAAAACGUCCUGAUCACAUUCCAGUCCCAUUGCCAUGGCAACGGCACUCGCUUCCGACACGUGUACCCCACUGGUCGUAUUAACAGCUCCAAAUGCAACCGAAAUAGUACACAUGAGACCAUCACCAUCAUGCUUCCUCAUGACAUAGCAAGAUAUAAAUUGUGAUAUAGAAAGUAAGGACUACAACUAUUAGUAGAGGUUUUGAAGAGAGAACUUAAUGGAAAGAGUAAAGGAUGUACAUAUUUCGUAUAUCUUUCAUUGCUGGGUCUCCUGGACAUUUUUUCCCCUAAUUUAUUUAAGACAAAAAAAACAAGCUCAUUUAUAAUAUAUUUGUAGUUUUUUUUUGCUGUGUCAUGUAAAAUGUUAGCUGGUCUAGGAAUGAGUGUAUUUACUGAUAAAUAUUCUUGUCAGUGUUUGUGUAAAAAAAUCAUGAAGUUAGUCUGUUGUGUUAGCUUUAAUUGUGGUAGACUUUACAGUGUAGCAUGUAGCUACUAGCACCACCAUGGAAUAGAAGAGAAUGUAAGAUUGUGCGAAUUUGUAAUCUGCUAUGUUGACUGGGUAUUUAUGGGGAGGAGACAUGACAUUUGUCUGUUCUAGAGAUCUUGUAUAUUUUGCUCAAUUCAGACCUCUGGGAGGACUGAAAGUGUCCAUGACAAAGAUGGCUAACUAAUUACAGUAAUUAAUUGAUUAAAUUUCACCUUUCGAAUCAUACUAUCAUGAAAAAUUAUCAUGAAACUCAUUUGGAAGAAAUAAUCUUCCAUCCUGUAAUCAGAAUUUGGUGCUUUCUUUCUUAAUUCAUAGAUACCCCUGUAGUUGCUUGAGUACAUUGGAUUUUGCAAUGUGCUGCAGCUUAGGAAGGACACCUAGUGACUCAUCAAAGAACUGCAAACAAUUGCUUUUCAGCAUGCUGAACGUGCACCUAAUUUUACGACCACAUGACAUGCAAAGCUUUAUACUACCCAGAGUGCUAAUGAUGUUACAUGCUUACAUUAUAUGGAUUUUUAUUUCCCUGUUUUAGUGAUUGACUAUUCUUGAACAUUACAAGGUGCAUUCAAAGCUAGCAAGCUACCUUUUGCAGAGUAAAUUCAUUGCAAAUUCAGGCAGGAAACUAUCCUAGUAGUUUCGUUGAAGUUUGUAACACUAAUUAUGUAUUUUGCACAGUUAGGAAAGCAAAAUCCCUGUCCCAAUUUUUUCAUAGCUUGUACAACUGUUGAUGAUGUUUUCUACUAAUGAGCGACAAUGCAAGCAAGUAUGUACAUGUACUUGCUUCAGCCUAACAAAGUUUCUACUAACACUCUGGCAAAUGUAACGUUGAGAAGUGCAGAAUACAUGGUUAUGCUUUUAAAUUAUACAGUGAAAACUGCUUCUUUGUCAUGACACAAACAUGUGCUUCUACUUAACACCAGGCAUCCAUAGUGAUUUUAGGGCUGUAAAGCUGGAUUUUCAAAGUCAAUUUUCUGGCAAUUUUUUUAAUUUGGUAACUUUGAAUCAACCCUAUCCCAUAGCAUACUGAUAUCUGUGAGGCAAAAAUCUGAUGUAAAUGGUUGCUUGUUUUGUAUCGUAGACUGGUUGUAUCCAAUUGUUUAGCUUGUUAUGGGGCUAUUUAAAACACUUUUUAAGUAUGAAGUGAUUGACAAAAUUGUGCUUAGAAAUGGCAGUAAAUGUCAAAAUCAGACAGAUUUCCUCAUCCAGAAUACCUUUCUGUUUUUCCGCCCUAAAAUUGCAUUGGAUGCCUUGAAUAAACGUAUGCCUGGUAUGUUUAAAUUGGGAGGGCGCAGUCAUGUUGCUUCUGCCUACAACUUUGUAAUCAAUGAGGAUAAGCUUUAUGCAGUAAAUAUUCCAUCGCUAAGUUGCAACAUGUUAGACUUUCAAUCAGUGCAGUUCUCUUCCUGUGUGGAGCAAAUCAGUGAUUUGGUUUUUUCUUUUUCUGUGGCAUCAACUUAGAUUGUAGGAUAGUCGGCUUUACCACUUCUGUGUAAGUCUUCUGUCUGUGCUUCGAAAACAUUAUCAGAGAGUGCCAUUGGUAACAAACGAAAAGAGGGGGAUAUGGAAGUGUUCAGCUGUCACAAUAUAAGGUGCAUUUUUGGAUACAAAAAAAAGUAAGCUAUUAAGAUCCUACUAGGUCUAUGAACAGAUAAUAGAUGUUCUGCAUUCUAUUGUACAAAAGAAUUAUAAAGUAUGGUAACAAACAGUACCUGUACAUUGAGACAAGGAUGUAGAAUUAUCAGAUAGCGAAGAUUAAAAAAGAAAAACAUAUUACUAAUGAGAUAAUGUUGUGCAUACAAGCAAGCCUUGUCUGUAAUACUACAAAGAAGUGUAGAAAUCCCACAUCUUGUACUUUAUACAUUGCUGCAAGAGGACUGUGUGCCAUGGAGCAUUUUCUACCUAAAGCUUUAAAUGCCUGCCUUAAAAAACUGCAUACUUAAUUGUAAUCUUUUAUUACUGCUUACCAUUUAGAUCAAUGCACAAACAAGAGAAGAAUAUAUGCGGUAUUUGUAACACAAGUACAAUGUAAUGUUAGGUGUAUGGCUUAUAUUUGUUUUCCUUUAAUACAAUUGACAACAUGACAGCCAGCAUACAUGUAAGCACUGAAGUUGCACUCUACUUUGUAAUGUUUUUGUGAUAUUUUGAUGUACAUUUUUGAAUAGGAGCUGUAUAUUGUAUUGAAACCAAGUGUUGUGUUGAAAUUGUUCAGUUUUGAAAUAUGCUCAGCUCACCCUUUUUAAUAAAGUCUUAGACGACAA